CGCAGGCGGUGAAAUGCUGUGCACGUCGGUUUUGUGUGAGGGCGGGUAGGGUCAAUAGCCAGAUAGAGUUCAAGUGAGCUACGAUCUAAGAGUGGUUAUAAGUUGCAGCAGCUUGCCCAUCUUGCUUAUUCUCGCACUCGUCACAUUUCCUUCGAUUGGAUAUGAUGCAUUCUCGUUCAAGCUGAUCAUUCAGUUAUCAUGAAGCUACGCAAUAGGAUGGUCCAGGAUAGACCUAGGAUUGAAGAGCCUGCAGGGGACGAAACGCAAGAGGACACCUCGUCAACUGCCCCACAAGUAGGAAGUCCAGUCAGUACACGAACAAGAAGUAUCUCUGCAAGUGAUAGCCAACAGGCAGCCCUUGCUGCUACCCAAGAGAAUGAACAUUCUCCUGAACGUGGUCAGCACGCCCAGUACUAUCGAUUAGACCUCCACGAAGAUUUCAUUCUCUAUUCGCAGUCAGAUACUGACGAUGGGACAGAAGAUCAGGGAGCGCCUGCAUUUCUUUCUCCCCGCGUCCCUCAACGAUCACAUCGACGUCUAGCACCUCGCACCGAGAUACCACAAGCUCAAGGCUCAAGUUCAAGCUCCGGUCCUUCUGGCACGCAAGCAGUGGACUACGCACAGCCAGCCUUGACACCUCAACGACAACAGCCUCCGACGCGUAUACAAUUGCCAACUCCUUCGCAGACCGACAACAUGAUGCCUCAUUUCGAAAGAGAACCUGGGCCUUGGUCACCAAACUCACCGAUCAACCCCGAAGGACGCAAACGUGCACUCUCGAAUGAUUUUCCUGGCAUCAAUCAAUAUCCAAAAGAUCGAGAUUGGGAUGACAAAAUGCAGGAGGCAUUGAAGGAGAUCGAAAGGCGGCCGGAAGGACGGGAGGAUUCGGACGAAGAAAGACAGCACAGGCGGCGUUCGAAACGAAGGCGCAAGGGUAAGAGAAGCAUGGAAACGCCGCCGUCAAAGUCAACAAAGAAAGACGACGACAGACACGGGAAGGACGAUGAUGGACGCGGUAACGGUCAGGGUAGUGGACAGGCAGUCAUGGCUUCAUGAUGCGCAGAGCGAUUUAGAUCAAUGGCGGUUAGUGAGGCGGAGGAAAUCUUAACAGCCCUAUAUUAGUUGCAUUGGUAUGGACAAUUGCUUGCAUUGGGAGGAAUCGGGCGUUGGCUUGGGUCGAGCACAUUCGCUUAAACUUCAGGGGCGUUCGGCCGAGGAUCACAGGACUCUCUUUUGAUUGG